AAGAGAAGGGGGAACACAAAUACUCUGGAGCUCUUACUGUGUGCUGACAGUCAACCAUGGGUGACUGGAGUUUCUUGGGCAACAUCCUCGAGGAAGUAAAUGAGCAUUCGACGGUAAUCGGUAGGGUGUGGCUCACGGUCCUCUUCAUCUUCCGAAUCCUCAUCUUGGGCACAGCCGCAGAGUUUGUGUGGGGCGACGAGCAAUCGGAUUAUGUGUGCAACACGCAGCAGCCGGGUUGCGAGAACGUUUGCUACGACGAGGCCUUUCCCAUCUCGCACAUUCGCCUCUGGGUGCUCCAGAUCAUCUUUGUUUCCACACCCUCAUUAGUGUACGUGGGCCACGCCGUGCACCAUGUACACAUGGAGGAGAAGCGUAAGGAACGGGAGGAGGCUGAGCUCAACCGGCAGCAAGAGAACGAGGAGAGGCUGCCGCUGGCGCCUGAUCAGGGAAGCGUCCGUACGGCCAAGGAGACGAGCACAAAGGGCAGCAAGAAGUUUCGUCUGGAGGGCACUCUCCUGAGGACCUAUAUCUGCCACAUUAUCUUCAAGACUCUCUUUGAGAUCGGCUUUGUGGUGGGUCAAUACUACUUGUACGGCUUCCGAAUCUUGCCACUCUACAAGUGCAGCCGUUGGCCGUGCCCAAACACGGUUGACUGCUUCGUCUCAAGACCAACCGAGAAAACCGUUUUCAUCAUCUUCAUGUUAGCUGUGGCCUGCGUCUCACUGUUCCUCAAUUUUGUGGAAAUCAGCCAUUUAGGCUUAAAAAAGAUCCACUUUGUGUUUCGUAAGCCGGUGCGGCCGCAAGUCGAGGGACCAGGAGCAGCCGAAAAGGCAUUGCCUUCCAUAGCUGCCUCAUCGAUCCAGAAAGCCAAAGGUUACAAGUUGUUGGAGGAGGACAAAUCCACGUCGCACUUCUUUCCUCUGACUGAGGUUGGGGGGAUGGAGGCUGGACGCCUGCCGGCUUCAUAUGAGCCAUUUGAGGAGAAAUCUGACGAGGCCAUGGCACCUAAGAAAGACAUGUCUAAGAUGUAUGACGAAACGCUGCCCUCUUACGCCCAGACGACCGUGAUUGGACCGAGUGCAUCGUCAGGAAUUCUGCGCAGGGAUGAAGAUGAGGACGAGUUGGCUGUGGAGGCAGACAUGGAGGCCAGCGAGACGAUAGAAGAUACACGACCGCUCAGCAGCCUGAGCAAGGCCAGCAGUCGCGCAAGGUCAGAUGACUUGACGGUAUAAGUGAUCCAGUGGAACUGGAUUAGAAGUGCAGCAGUGUAAGUUGUAGUUUUGGGGAAAGUGAGUAAACCUGAAAGAGAUUUAGAAGAAAGGAUGAGGUGCCUUUCGGGCAACUGCGGCGUCACUUAUAAUACCAGCUUCUUUUUUUGAAGGAAGGAAAUGAUUGAAAAAAAUAAUGCUGUGCAAUUUUCAUGAGGAAACUUGAGAGCUUGAUUCAUUUUUUUUAUACAGCAGUAUUUUUCGUACUGUUUUUUAUCAAACAGUUAACAAACCAGAGCUAGGGAUCUGCAGCAGCUAGAUCUACACAUAGGGAGGAAUCGGGAGAAGGUAUUUAGCGAACAAUAUGUGGUGUUUUUUUAAUAAUAACAUUUUCUAUCCAGAAUUUUACCGAGGCGAGAUUCUGAUGUUUACAUUUUUGGAUUAGCCAUUAGCUGAAUGUUUGUUUGUGACAUUUUUUGUUCUUAUUCUGAUAAGAAAACUGUCAGGGCAUCAUCCUUUUCACCUCAAUCAUUUCAACCAUACAUGAUGAUGAUUACUCGAUCAAUCUUCUUGAUUUGUAUGUGAAUGGUACUGUAACGCAUAGGUGUAUGUGAGGUGACACAAAUGCUGAUGGUUUUGUUGCACAGUCGUUCAUCAUGGCAUAAUAGUGACAUAAAGACUAUUUAUUUAAAAGAAAUGACCACCACUGAUAUACGUCAAACAUGAUGACCUUGUUUCUGGUUUCACUCACUUACAUUGAGAGUCAUAAACUGAGUGUAUCUAGCGAUAACUGUAAUAACUGCGUUAGCCAUAGAAGAGAUAGUAGGCCACAUUCUUUCUAGUCUCUCUGCGCAAGCAGCCAUGAUGAUGAUGAUAAAGAUCACGCCCAAUCAGCACAAAGUAUUGUUUAACAGGAGACAAUAAAACAACAUUACAUGACAUGCCACCGCAGACAGUCUCACAUCCUUGAUGUUGUUGGAAACAACAUUUGAGUGCUUUUUCCCUUCAGAAAAGGACUGGAAAUAAUUCAGAAUAUUUCAAAAGGCCAGAACAGAAGUGUUUUGCCCCUUGAUUAAGUUAAUAUUUUUAGCAGAGACACCUUGUUUUUGGUUUUAAAUAUGCCUAGGAGUUUAGAGUGAUGUAUAGAAA